AUGUUCAGCUUUGAAGGGGAUUUCAAAACAAGGCCCAAGGUGUCUCUUGGAGGAGCGAGUAGGAAGGAAGAAAAGGCUUCUCUCCUGCAUCGUACUCAGGAAGAAAGGAGAAAACGAGAGGAAGAAAGACGGAGGCUGAAAAAUGCAAUAAUAAUCCAGUCAUUUGUAAGAGGGUACAGAGACAGAAAACUUCAAUACUCUAUCCAAAGAAGUGAGUUUGAUCGCUGUGCUGAUUUGGCCCAGUCUGGAGGAACCUUUUCCACUGCUAAUGGAGCUAAUUUGACUCUUUUAGUUCGUCAGUUACUCUUUUUUUAUAGACAGAAUGAGGAUUCUAAGCGUUUGAUAUGGAUGUGUCAGAAUUUAAUUAAACAGAGUUCUCAGUUUGUCAAGCAGUUGGAUGGUCCAGACAGACUUACUUGCUUAUUCCAAAUAAAAAGACUGUUGGGGCUGUGUUGCAGGCUACUGCAAAAUUGCAAUGAUGACAGUCUGAAUGUUGCACUUCCUAUGAGAAUGCUUGAGGUAUUUUCAUCUGAGAAUACAUAUUUGCCUGUUUUACAAGAUGUCAGCUAUGUGACAUCGUUAAUUGAAGAAAUUUUGCACUACAUGAUUCAUAAAGGCUAUUACAAGUCGCUUUAUUUGUUAAUUAACAAUAAGCUUCCCUCAAGUAUUGAGUAUUCUGAUGUUUCUCGAGUCCCUAUUGCAAAAAUACUCCUGGAGAAUGUUCUGAAGCCAUUGCACUUUACAUAUAGCUCCUGUCCAGAAGGUGCAAGGCAGCAGGUUUUUGCAGCCUUCACAGAGGAGUUUCUGGCAGCACCUUUUACAGAUCAGAUAUUCCAUUUCAUCAUUCCAGCGCUUGCUGAUGUGCAGACCAUUUUCACUUAUGAACUCUUUCUGAAUGCACUAUUAUUAGCAGAAAGUGGAUGUUCAAGAAGAAGUGAUCAAGCCCCAUGGCUUUUUUACUUUGUGUUAACAGUUGGAGAAACAUAUUUAGGAUCCCUUUCAGAGGAAGGUCUUCUUGUGUAUUUAAGGGUACUCCAGAUUUUUCUGUCUCAGCUGCCUGUGUCUACUGCUGGUACAAAUUGCCAAGAUGCAAACAGUGAUUCUGAAGAUGAGGAUGAAGAGAUCAGUAAAAUGACAACUACACCAGGUGAUGGGAGAAUAUCAGUUCAGUACAUAACUGAGGAGUGUCUGAAGAAACUGGAUACAAAACAACAGACAAACACUCUGCUGAAUAUGGUUUGGAGAGAUUCAGCUAGUGAAGAAGUCUUUACCCUGAUGGCAUCAAUCUGCCACACACUGAUGGUACAGCACCGAAUGAUGGUGCCAAAAGUCAGGCUUCUUUAUAGUUUAGCCUUUAAUGCCAGAUUCCUGAGGCAUCUUUGGUAUUUGAUAUCUUCGAUGACUACACGAAUGAUUACAGGGUCUAUGGUGCCACUUCUUCAAGUGAUUUCAAGAGGCUGUCCAAUGUCUUUAGAAGACUCUAGUCGAAUUAUCCCUCUCUUCUACCUUUUUAGUUCUUUGUUUAGUCAUUCACUAAUUUCUAUUCAUGAUAAUGAAUUCUUUGGUGAUCCAAUAGAAGUUGUAGGUCAAAGACAAUCAUCAAUGAUGCCUUUUACACUAGAAGAGCUUGUAAUAUUAUCACGCUGCCUUCGAGAUGCAUGCUUAGGAAUCAUAAAGUUGGCUUAUCCAGAAACGAAACCAGAGAUUCGUGAAGAAUAUAUUGCAGCAUUUAGAAGUGUUGGAGUAACAAAAAAUACAGAAAUGCAGCAGUGUAUCCAGACGGAACAAAAAAGGUGGAUUCAGUUGUUCAAGGUCAUCACAAACCUAGUGAAAAUGUUGAAAUCUAGAGACACAAGGAGAAAUUUCUGCCCACCAAAUCACUGGCUCUCAGAACAAGAAAACAUUAAAGCAGAUAAGGUUACACAGCUUUAUGUGCCAUCUGCUAGACAUGUCUGGAGAGUCAGAAGAAUGGGAAGAAUAGGACCUUUGCAGUCUACUUUGGAUGUGGGUUUGGAACCAGCACCUCUUUCUGUAUCUGAAGAACGACAACUUGCAAUUCUGACAGAGCUACCUUUUGUAGUUCCUUUUGAAGAAAGAGUAAAGAUUUUUCAAAGACUGAUCUAUGCUGAUAAACAAGAGGUUCAAGGAGACGGGCCAUUUUUGGAUGGAAUUAAUGUCACUAUCAGAAGAAAUUAUAUUUAUGAAGAUGCUUAUGAUAAACUUUCUCCUGAAAAUGAACCUGACCUAAAAAAGCGCAUUCGUGUUCACUUACUUAAUGCACAUGGUCUUGAUGAAGCUGGUAUUGAUGGUGGUGGAAUUUUCAGAGAAUUUCUGAAUGAACUACUUAAAUCAGGAUUUAACCCUAACCAGGGAUUUUUUAAGACCACCAAUGAGGGACUUCUUUACCCCAACCCUGCUGCACAGAUGCUUGUUGGAGACUCCUACGCCCGACAUUACUACUUUCUUGGAAGAAUGCUUGGAAAGGCUCUUUAUGAAAAUAUGCUGGUGGAGCUGCCGUUUGCUAGUUUUUUUCUCUCUAAAUUAUUGGGAACAAGUGCGGAUGUUGACAUUCAUCACUUAGCUUCGUUAGAUCCAGAAAUGUACAAAAAUUUGCUUUUUCUCAAGAGCUAUGAAGGCGAUGUAGAAGAACUUGGACUAAAUUUCACUGUGGUUAAUAAUGAUCUUGGAGAAGCACAGGUGGUUGAGCUGAAGCCAGGUGGAAAAGAUAUUCCUGUCACCAGCGCGAACCGCAUCGCCUACAUCCAUCUGGUGGCAGACUACAGGCUAAACAAACAGAUUCGACAGCACUGCCUUGCUUUCCGUCAGGGACUGGCCAAUGUUGUCAAUCUCGAGUGGCUUCGGAUGUUUGAUCAGCAGGAAAUACAGGUUCUGAUUUCUGGUGCCCAGGUUCCUAUUAGUUUGGAUGACCUUAAAUCUUUCACAAACUAUUCAGGUGGCUACACAGCAGACCAUCCUGUAAUUAAAAUAUUCUGGAGAGUCGUAGAAAGUUUCACUGAUGAAGAGAAACGCAAACUACUCAAGUUUGUCACGAGCUGCUCUCGACCGCCUCUUCUGGGGUUUAAGGAAUUAUAUCCUGCAUUUUGCAUUCACAAUGGAGGAUCUGAUUUAGACAGGCUACCUACUGCCAGUACCUGCAUGAACUUGCUGAAGCUUCCUGAGUUUUAUGAUGAAAACCUUAUGCGAAGCAAGCUUCUUUAUGCCAUUGAAUGUGCUGCUGGAUUUGAAUUAAGCUGAGUCAAACUGAUGCUUAUUUGAAGAUCUGCAGAGGAACUAACCAGUGCCUACUCUAUAAGCAGCACCCAUA